AUGGAGGUCAGCGCUGAGGCUAAGAGGAUUAUGGUCCACGCUCUAGGCAAACUGUACAGCUCGCGCGCCCAGCGCGGGGGACACCGUCUCCAUCGGAGCCUGCUGCUGACUCUCGUGAUGCAGUCCGCCCGGGAUAUCUACCACGCAUCGCAGGCCAGUUGUGAAACCACGACAGCAGCUGAGCUGGUCCAGCAAGAGUCAUCGAUGGAGGAAACAACUGGAGACCGUUUGGAGAGGGAGGUUUCCUCGUCUCGGUCUGGACUACCCGCGACCCCCCAGCCCCAGGAGAGUGCAGUAUCCUCCGAGGACGAAACGAACUCACACCCGCUGCACUGCAGUGUAACAGCAGGUCGAGAAGACAAGGAGAACCGGGGCCCGUCGAGGCCUGACCGUAACACCAGGAAGAGACGGGGCAAAGCGGCCGCGGAGCCCGACUUGCUCCCCUGCAAGAAAGCGAAAAUGGAGCAAGGGAGAAAUACGUUCAUAUUGAGCUCUGUGAAUUGCUACGGUGUCGGUGGGGACUCCCUCGCCUCAUCGGUACCCAUGUUAAGAGCCAUUUCAGCAUUUUGA